AUGCCUCACUCUCCAAAGCGUCCACGCCUCACAUUUGAGCCAGGCUUUAAGACCCAAAGUGAGAUACAAGGCCUGCUGAUGGUUCAGGAUCCCAUACCUGAGGAGGAGGAGGAAGAGGAGACCUUCUCCAUUUCUUCUUGCUCUUUCACCUUCUCCUACCCUUCUACUUCCCCCCCUUCCUCUCCUCUGAUAUUGGGCACACUAGUGGAGAAGCAGCAGGAGGAGAAAAAGUGGGAGGAGAAGGAGCAGCAGGAGGAGAAGGAGCAGCAGGAGGAGGAGAAGGAGCAGGAGGAGGAGAAGCAGCAGGAGGUAGAGAAGGAGCAGCAGGAGGAGGAGAAUAAGGAGCAGGAGGAGGAGGAGGAGGAGGAGCAGGAGCCUCUGGAGAGUCCCGGGAGGUUCUUCUCUUCCACUUCAUGGAGCACAUCAGAUGAAGACUCCAGCAGCCAAGAAGAGGAGGGCAUAGGCUCUCUCCAGGCCUCAGAAGACACCAAAUCCUUGCCCAGUAACCUGCUAAAUGAGAAGGUGGUAAAUUUGGUGCAUUUCAUGAUCCUCAAAUAUCAACAGAAGGAGCCCAUCACAAAGGCAGAAAUGCUCAAGGUUAUCAUCGAAAGGGAUAACAAACAAUUCCCUGUGAUCUUUGAGAAAGCUUCUAAGUGCCUAGAGGUGAUCUCUGGCAUUGAUGUGAAGGAAGUGGACCCUAAAACCCACUCCUACAUCCUUGUCAACUCAUUAGGCCUCACCCAUGAUAAGAAAGAUAGUGAUGAUCAGAGCAUGCCUACAAAUGGCCUUCUGAUAAUCAUCCUGGGUGUGAUAUUCAUAGAGGGCAACUGUGUCCCUGAGGAAAACAUCUGGGGUUUCUUGAAUAUGAUAGGCGUCCAUGCUGGGAGGAAGCACUUCAUUUAUGGGGAGCCUAGGAAGCUCAUCACCAGAGAUUGGGUGCAGGAGAAUUAUCUAGAGUACCGGAUGGUACCUAAUAGUGAUCCUUCACGGUACGAAUUCCUGUGGGGUCCAAGGGCCUAUGCUGAAACCAGCAAGCUGCAAGUAUUGAAAUUCUUGGCCAGGAUCAAAGGGAUGGACCCCAUUUCCUUCUCACUCUGGUAUGAGGAGGCUUUAAGAGAUGAGGAAGAGAGAGCUGGGGCCAGAAAUAACUCCAUGGAUAGUAAUACUGCCAUGUUUACUGUGCAGCAUUUGCCAUGUGCCCUCUUGUCCAGAUCUGGAACCAGGUCUGCUGGACAGCUCCUCACUGUCUCUUCAUCUGAAAGCUGUGCCCUGUUCCCAGUGGACGACCCAGAACCAUCCCUGCCUUCCCCCUAA